CGUUAUCUGCGGGGAAUGAGUGUGUAUCUCUCGGCGGGGAGGAGAUCACGGUCUCUGGAUCCAGUUGUAGGGUGUGGACGCUGGAAGAGUGUCGGUCACUUGUUGGUCCAUUCAAGCUAAAAGGGACCAUAUAAACAGGACGGACACAAGUCACUGGCCCUGAGGCAGCAAAGAGACUUUUCCCAUCGCUCCCAUCCUGUGGCUGGAUGUUCUGUCAGCCCUAACCUGUCUUCUUCCGGGAACAGCUGUAUCAGACGCCUCUCCCAGGACACUCCUGGUAGGGGACGAAAAGCUCUGUGUGAGAGAAUAUGGAUGACAUCUUUACUCAGUGCCGUGAAGGCAAUGCGGUAGCCGUCCGCCUCUGGUUGGACAACACAGAGAAUGACCUUAACCAGGGGGAUGAUCACGGGUUCAGUCCGCUGCACUGGGCAUGCCGUGAAGGCCGCUCUGGUGUCGUGGAUAUGCUCAUCAUGAGAGGGGCACGCAUCAAUGUCAUGAACCGUGGCGACGACACACCCCUGCACCUGGCUGCGAGCCACGGCCACCGUGAUAUUCUGGCCAAGCUCAUCCAGUGUAAAGCAGAUACCAAUGCGGCAAACGAGCAUGGCAACACCCCUCUCCAUUACGCCUGUUUCUGGGCCCAUGACCUUGUGGCUGAGGAUCUGGUCAAUAAUGGUGCUCAGGUAAACAUUUGCAACAAGUAUGGAGAAACUCCACUGGACAAGGCCAAACCAAUGCUUGCCACAAAUCUGAAAGAGCUGGCAGAGAAACAGGGACAGAGCCUGGCGAAAGUUCCCUUUAAGGACACUUUCUGGAAGGGUACCACUCGGACACGACCACGUAACGGCACACUAAACAAACAAGCUGGCAUAGAUUAUAAGCAACUUUCGAUGUUGGCCAAAAUCAACGAGAACCAUUCUGGGGAGCUGUGGCAGGGCCGCUGGCAGGGCACCGAGAUCGUGGUCAAGAUGCUUCAGGUGCGGGACUGGACUACCAGAAAGAGCCGUGACUUUAAUGAGGAGUAUCCGAAACUGAGAAUCUUCUCCCACCCAAAUGUGUUGCCUGUGUUGGGGGCAUGUCAGGCACCACCCGCCCCUCACCCAAUCAUAAUCACACACUGGAUGCCCUAUGGCUCCCUUUACAAUGUGCUUCACGAGGGCACCAACUUUGUUGUGGAUCAGACACAGGCGGUGAAGUUUGCUCUGGAUAUAGCGUGUGGAAUGGCUUUCCUCCACACACUGGAGCCCAUGAUCCCUCGGCACUAUCUCAAUAGCAAGAGUGUCAUGAUUGAUGAGGACAUGACGGCCAGGAUAAGCAUGGCUGAUGUGAAGUUCUCCUUCCAAUGUCCUGGCAGGAUGUACUCUCCCGCAUGGGUGGCACCUGAAGCCCUGCAGAAGAAGCCAGAGGAGAUCAACCGGCGCUCUGCAGACAUGUGGAGCUUCGCUGUGUUGCUCUGGGAGCUGGUCACCAGAGAGGUGCCCUAUGCUGACCUCUCAAACAUGGAGAUCGGCAUGAAGGUGGCACUAGAGGGUCUGCGACCCACCAUCCCGCCAGGCAUCUCUCCCCACAUAUGCAAGUUGAUGAAGAUCUGCAUGAACGAGGAUCCCGCAAAGAGGCCCAAAUUUGACAUGAUCGUACCCAUCCUAGAGAAGAUGCAAGACAAAUGAACAGCCCUGCUGGAUGCCCCCCCCCCCCAACACUGAGUUCACAGUAUUGCCUUAAAGAUCACCACUCACCAAAGUGCUCUAUGCCACUGUAGCCCUUUGCUAAAGAAAAAACGCUUUACUACUUAAAAGCACUGUUGAACUUAUUAAAGCCACAUUGUCAGUAUCUCUUAUAUUCUUAUAUGCAAUCAUUGGAUAAUGUGUGUGUUUAUGCCUAUGUAUGUUCAUUUGUCUGUAUUUUCUUUUUUGCUGAACUGUUUAUGGAACAAUGCUCUUUUCUCUCAGAACCUCUUUUCUAUAGCCAUUAAACAGGAAGUGCUGCCGGUGGUCGUUGGACACAGUGAAUGUACUGUAGAAUCAGUUUUCAACUAACCAAUCUGCAAAUUGAGCAUCUUUUCCGGCACUCUCUCCAUUUCUGUGUUGAUUUCUUCAACAUGUCACCAAGAUCAGUUGUUUUAAAGAAUUCAUCCAAAAGUAAAAAAUUCUGACAUAAUUUACUCACUCUUAUGUUGUUCUAAAUUUGUAUGGGUUUCUUUUUUCUGUGGAACACAAAAGGAGAUAUUUGGCAGAAAGUUAACUUUUAUUUGUUUUUACUUCUUACUUUACAUUCUGCCUAAAAUCUCUUUUUGUUUUGCACAGGAAAAAAAAAUCUUUUAGGAUGGGUAAAUGAUCACAGAAUUUUUAUUUUUGUGUGAACUAGCCCUAUGUAGUUAGCUCCAAAUCAAUCAACAUGAAAAUAUUUGAUGGCUUUCAUGUGUGUCCUCCCUAAAGGGCAUUUACUGAGGAAUAGAAAAAGGUUUUUAUUACUAUCUCUGUUAACUGUAUGCAAAAAAGAAGUAUGCAACAGCAGCUGUUACUAUUUAAAAGCAUCGUGCCAUUGUUUUCAUUGUGUGUUUCCCUCCGAUUGUCAAAAGUGUAAUCGUUAAAGACCAUGUUUGCCAGAGAUCUAUUUUUAAAUGGGCUGAUAAAAUGCAGUAGAGCAAUGCAAUAUAAAAUAAAUAAUAAUAUAUAAUUAUGCCGCAUAUAACCACAUUUUGAAGUGCCCAUUAAAUCAUGAUUAUGCUGUCCCUUUCUGAGCAGGGAGAUACAUUCUGUAAUAUAAAAACCUGUUGUCAGAUUAUAGAAGGUACCUUAAGCUAAAUAGAAGAGCCCUUUACAAACAUCACAUCAAAUGUGAGAACUUUAGUGCCACAGGUCGACGACAUGCAUUAAGGAUCAUACCUCCAAUUAGCCCCUUUCUUGUCCAUAUAUAAAACAAAUCUGAUGCAACAUCCAUACGAAUGCAUGUUUUUAGCCUGUGCUAAAAUGUCCUCUCUGUGUAACUAUCAAAUCUGUUCUAAUUUACAUUGUACAUGUUAAGUGCUGAAAUAUCUGAGAGAUUUUUAUACUGUAUACUUACAUGUUUUUAAUGGGCAGUACAUUAAGAAGCCAUGAUUGCAUUUGUUUGCUUUUUUUAAACACUACAUCUAUUUACUUCCUUUUUUUGCUUUCACAGUGUUCCUCUUUCAGCUAGCCAAGUAUAAUAGGAAACCAUUACUUAUGCAUAAUUGACUUGCAUAAGAAAGUGUUUAUUAUUAUUUCACAGUCUUUGUUUUAAAAAGGAAAAAAAAAGGUGAAACUGAUUAUCUAACUUAUGCUCACUCUGACCGUUUGAGUUUUUUAGUAAACUUUGUGGCUUUUCUUUAUCAUAUAUUUUGAAGAUUUGGGCUGUUUAUAUUUUAUUCAAGAUAACAAAAGUUUACUAAAUGAAAAAGAACAAAUAAAAUGUUUUGGCCAUGCU